UUUUUUUUUUUUAAGGCGGAUGGAAUAACAACCCCAACGCCAGCCAGUUUAAGUACAUCUUUAGGAAGCUGAUGGCCCGAUGUGGAGUUGUAAGUCGCAGUGGAAAUGUUACAGCACAGGAUGACACUGAGUCCCUAACAGCGACCAUUGACACCUCUACAAGCCUGUCAGCUGUAGAUAUGUCCUCUGCAGCAGGAGGAGACCUUCCAUCUCCAUUUGCAGACAUUCCGGCCCUAGUCCAUGAUCACAGCUAUCUUCCCAUCCGCUUCAGUGGUCUUGUGGACAACGCUCUUGUGUACAUUUCAGGGUUUGUUGUGCUACGGGCUCUGAAGCAGCUGGCCUGUGAUGUCUGCCGUGCCAGCCUGGUGACAGACGCUGCAUCUGCCAUCAAGGACCAGAGCUACCACCUACUUUCUCUGAGAAACAACGGAGGCCUCGUGAUUCCGUCAGAGGGAACAGUGAGGGUCGUCAGGGAAGCAGAGUCUGCCAUUCGCCAGGCCUCAGCCAACUGCAGACGAUCACAGCCCAUCAAACUGAAGGAGGUCGAGUACAUUGUACGGAAGAGGAUUGGGUCAGAGGAUGUGUUUGUGCUUGGGGAGCACAUCAGCGACACACAGUAUGGCAUAGACAGCCACAACCAUACACUGCUGACAUUAGUUGUGUCCCUGUUUUUUAAGAUAAGGCUAAAUCACAUCGCUAAGAUGACUACACUUAGCUUUCAGAGUAACAGCAUGAGGCAGAAGCUCAACAAAACGGUGCUUUUCAAAGGGCAUUAGCCCAAUAUGUAAAAGGACGCAUACCUUAAGGGACUUCAUUUUUCAUAGUUCAUUUUUUGUCAUGAGUUGCAUUAGAUUAAUUGAAAGGUGGAUAAAGUAUUUAUGAAAAU